CAAACGUAGUGUGACAAAUUUCCGAUAAAAUUCCCAAGAUGGCCACUGAAUGAGGAAUUUUCCCGAAAGUUAAAGAAGGUUCUGUGGUCCUCUGGAAAAUCUGCCAUAUAUAAAAGAAUAGCCGGGGAUCGAGGAGGACAAUGUAUCACCAACAACGAGCGAAUAACUUCAAUCCAAUGCAUAACGAUCCUUUACCGCCAGGCUGGGAAAUGUUAUUUGAUCAGCGAACCGGUUGGCCAUUUUUUGUUGACCACUCGAACCAAAGCACAACUUGGCAAGAUCCUAGAAGAAUAGGAAAACCGCACUACCAGCAGCCAUGGGAUCCAUAUGGCCAGAACAUGAGAGGAUACCCGGCCCAUCAUCAGCAGGAGAUCCGUAUCCCUGUCCAUCACAUGGGGUCAGAACAACAGCAAGGCCCUCCAAUGCCACAACCGCAGCAACAGCCGCCUUACCCACAACAGCCACGUGUCACAAAAAUCCCCAUUCAUAUAGAGGGCGCUGGCAGCAUGGACCAGGGCAGAGGAAGCCCUGGUCGUGGUAGUCCUGGGCUGCAUGUCCCGCGCAGUGAAAAUCCCACCCUGCAGAGGGCGCCAACACCAGUCAGGGAAGAGAGUCCGGCUCCUCAGCCAGGGAGGGUGUCAAACUUGGCUCAGCAGUACGCGGGGCAGCAAUCUCCACAGCCCCAACAGCAGCAACAGAUGCCACCCAUGGGGACAUUUUAUGGUCCUUCAUCUCCCCAACAGAGGGCACCACCAGGAUACCAACAGUCACAACAACAUCCUCUGCAGCAACAGCAACAAUAUCCCCAGUAUGACCAGACUGAUGCUGUCAAGGCCCAACAACAACAACAAUAUCAGCAACAACAACAGCAGCAAUAUCAGCAACAACAGCAACAAGCUGCUAACAAUAAUGCUGCGCCACCUCUGCCAAACUACGAAUCCAAACCGGUGAUUAAUGAACAAGCUAGAGCAGCCAAUCAGGGUCCUGCAUCUAGUCCUCAAGGUCAAGGUCAGCAGAAUGCUCCACAGCAACAGCCGCAAGAGCCACCACGUCCUCUUACAGCUCUAGAGAAGAUUGACAGAAUAUUUGCCAAUGUUAACGAAUUGCGUGUACAAGUGGAAAACUUUAAGGGGACGAGGACUGACAAACAGUACCCUUAUUUAACAGAGAUGCUGACUAGAGAUCUCUUAGAAUUGGACGGUAUUAUGUCCGAUGGCGACGAGAAAAUUCGCCAUGCUAGAAAGAACUGUGUCCGGACGGUGCAGGAAGUUCUUGACCAGCUUGAGCUGAAGGCACUAGCUAAUGAAACUCCAAUGGAGACGGGUCAAGGUCAGACAGAGGUCAAGGCCAUUAGUGCAAAUGGUUCUCCUGCAGAGGUGACAGAACAGACUAAAUUAUAGUAGCAUUACUAUCUCUUAUGCUGUUUUUAUAAUUAUGAUUAUUAUAGGAUAAUAUACUUUAACUAUAUAUCUUAUUUAUUUUUGUGCAUAAGGCUAAAGAAUUGGGUGUAUCUUGGAUGCAAGGAAAAAAUGUCAGUUUUGUGGCCAACUUUUAUGUGAUGUGAAACAGUGUGAUUUAGUUGAACAUACUAUUUGAGGAUGAAAUCUACGAACGUUUAAUUUUGGCAGUACUUUUGCCAGUAAAGAAUUCCUGUCACCCCAAUUAUAUUUUAGAUGUUAAGUAUGGCAAUUACUUAAAGGUGAAUGACAUUAAGUUUUAUGGUGUUAAAUUUACAUGGAAUAUGAUGCUUGUUUAGAAACUACAAUGUUAAUUAUAAUAGUCUGAUAAUAACUGGUCAGUACUAUGUAUGUGCCUGAUAGGGUGUCAUCUUGGCUUAGCCUGGUACAUUACUGCAAAGUAACUUAGAUCUUGGACCUCCAUCUAAAAUAGUAUUUUUGGUUAUGUGCCACAUUGCAGUUGUGUGAGAUAUUUAACCAAGAGAGUAGUCGGGAGAGUGUUCAGAGUAUAAAGUUAAAUGUGUUCAGAAUACAAAGUUAAAUGUUUAUUAAACAUAUCAUUCAGCAGUGAUUUUAGUUCAAAACACGUUUGCCAGUUAUUGUUGUUUUAAGGCGAACACUUUGUCUGGGAAUUAAUAAGAAGCAUGAAUAUUUUGUCACUGUUAUUAUUAUUUUGACAAAAUUGUGCUACUUAAAUUUUAGGUUGUUAUGUUCUGAGAGUGAGGUCUGAAGUGCCCAGUUGUUCACAAGAUAUUUUUCCGAGUGUCAUGUUAACUGAUAUCUCUUUAGUGUCAAGAUGCAUCACUUCU